UGUGUCUAUGCACCUUGAGCGCGCCGCCAAAUAGCACGCGAAGAAGAGAAAGAACGGUGCGGUGCGUACAAUUUGUGGCCAAGUCGUGUGGAAAAUAACACAUUUUAGGCGUGCAAAGUGUAUCUCUUCUAUGCUAGUCUUCGUUCGUAGCCAUGGAAAAACAGGACGACGACAAAAGCCGCAAAUCGCCGGUGGAAAAAGGUUCGAAGAAGAAAAGUGACCGCAAAUCACGCUCCCGGAGCCGAAGCCGUAGCGCCAGCCGCGCGGACAAGCGACGCAGCCAUUCGCGUAGCCCAAACUAUCGCCGGAGACAUGGCAGGCAGCGGUCCCGCAGCCCGCCAAUGUACCGGCCGCGACGUCGCUCGCCCGACCGUGGUCCACCCAUGCGCCGACACGGUCGACGAGGUCGGCGUAGCCGCUCGCCCGGCAUGGGUGGACGAGGCGGUGGUGGUGUUGGCGGCGGUGGCGGCGGCGUCGGUGGUGGAGGAAUGCAAAUGGGCAUGAUGGUCGGUGACCCGAGCGGUGCAUACAUGAUGCAGGGCACGAUGUAUGACCCUUCCUGCUACGGAGCCUACGCUAACAAUGGUGCCUAUAUGGGCGGGUACGGAGGGUAUGAUUAUGGCAUGGUGCAGGGCGGGUACGGUACCGCGACGAUGAUGGACCCGUCCCAGACGAUGAUGAUGGGCGGCGUAGCAACCGAGUGGGACCAUCCCGCACCCGUCCAGCCGGUUGUCCAGGAAACGGAGGAGGAAAAACGCAAGCGCGAAGCGGCCAUUACGUUCGAGCUACUGAAUCAGCGGGCAGCACUGAAAAAACAGCGCGACGAUUAUAAGCAGCGUGCAAAGGCGCUGAAGCGUGAACUGAAAACGCUGAAAGAGCAGCGAUCCGACCUUUGCUCCGGACGCGAACCGCCCUCACCAACGUCGAACGUUUUUAUCAAAGAAAAUGACAAACUGCAGUCUCAAAUACAGGACAAGAUCAAAACGAUCGAAAAUGUAAUCGACAUGCUGGAUGGUAUCAUAGCGAAGGACAGGACACCGUCGCCGCCGCCGAUGUUGCCUGGGACGACGAUGCCACCGCUGGCCACCAUUCCGGAUCCACCGGCUCCACCAUCGCCACCCAGUCCCGGGAACGAUGGCGGACGUGCACAUCGCAACCCAUCACGCUCUCCCGGCCCCGACGGUGGCGCGGAUCGUGACCGAACGGACUCACCUUCACCCGAGCGGCUGAAGAAUGAAGUCUUGGAGAGUAUGCAUGCUCGUGGAAAACGCAAACCGACGGACAAAAAACAAUCCGACCAUUCCGAGGGUAAAAAGAAAAAGUCCCCCUACAACUACGUUCACUACGAUCCGGAGGUGCACUGGUGUGGCACGUGUAACGUGUUCCCGAAAACGGCCAGAGAGUACCUGGCCCAUCUGCACUCGGAGCAGCACCGAAGCAGGACGGCCGUCGACGAGGGUUCGAGCGAAGAGCACAAGAAGAAAGCAGCACCAUGGCGUGGGCAGCUCGACACCGACGAUACGAUGGUUAAUCCGGACGCACCGUCCAAAAGGGCACCGAUACGGGGUUUACAAUUUUUCGUUCCAGCAACGGCCUGGUACUGCAAGCUGUGCAACUACUGGAUGGGGGAUCUGCAUUGCGCGUCCUGGCACUUAAAAUCGCAAACCCAUGCCGAUGCUUACGGAAAAUACAUUGAUGGCCAUAAAAACUACGAAACUGACUGGAUGGCAGAGCGGCAAACUGCGUUCGAAAAGUACGGAGCUUCUGCUGGCAAGGACGCACUAGCGGACGGUGACAUUCCGGCGCCGCCACCGCCACCGACCGCGGAAGAGCUUCGACUGGCAGCCUCGGGCGCUCCCCAGUCAAACGAUACGUUCGUCGGUGCCUCCUCCGCUUUCCAGAUUCUACCAAAGAACUCGCUCCAGGAGCACAAGGGCGGAGCACCGUUCGAGGUAUCGUCGCCGGCGCUUACGGCAAAGGACGAACCGCAACCAUCGAGCGCGUCGAAAAAGUCCAAAAAGAAGAAAUCGCGCAAGGAAGAACGGAAGGAAAAGAAGAAGAAGAAGCGAACAAAGAAGCGAAAGCGAGCAGCGGCCUCGUCCAGCUCGUCGUCGUCUAGCAGCAGCUCCGACUCGUCCGAUUCCGAGUCCGAUUCUGGGUCCGAUCGGGAAAGCAAGGCAAGCGAAAAGAAUGAAAACCCUAUACACGCAGCCAUGCGUAACAUUUUGAACGCGAAGGAGGUGAAUGCGCGCGAGGUAAUGGCUGCGGCCGCGGCUGUUGCUGCUGCCGCCGGUAAAUCCAGCGCGCCGAACGAACCGGGAGCAGCGGCAGCAGGUGCUGUCGGAGCAACGAAAGGUGAGCCAAGUUUAGGCAAAUGGACGGUGGUGCAUCCAGCGCAGGAAAGAAAAAUGGGUGCAUCGCUUGGAGCAGCAGCAUCGAUACCGGCAGCACCGUCGGCAUCGUCAGCGGGAACUACUUCAAACCUCGCUCCUUCGAACGCCUCCAGCCAGAGUGUGGACGACAGGAAGCGUAAUGUGCGUGAGGAGGAACGGGACCGAGACCGUGAAAAGGAUCGUGAUCGUGACCGUGACCGCGACCGAGACAGUAGACGUAGUGUCGAUCGGCGCGACCGAUGGGGUCGACGGGAUAGCCCGGAUCGGUACGGCGGACGUGACCGUGACCGUGACCGGGGCAGAAGAACCGAUUACCGCGACUAUCGUGAUCGGCGCGAUAGACGUCGCAGUCGUUCGAGGGGACGCCGUAGCCGCAGUGGAAGCGGCGGCCGAAGGUUCCGCCGUAGGUCGUAUUCGCGGUCGCGCACACCGCGUUCACGAUCCCGCAGCCGGUCCCGUACCAGCCGUGGUGGCAGCCGUCAUCGACAAAUCGAGAAAGCGGUUCCUAACUUCCCGCCCGAGCCGAAACCGACCAAAGCGGAGAAGAAGGCACCGAAGCCGUUUAGCCGCUCGGACGGUGGAAGUUCCACGAGUAAAAAGAGCAAAGCCUCAUCGAGCAGUGCAGGCAGCAAAGGAAGCUCUACCGAGAAGGGUAGCGCGCCCAAGAAGCUUCCCUUUAUUGGCCGCAUGCCUGUGUUUAAAAAGCAGCAGGCAGACAACGCGAAGAAGGAAGAAGCGGCAGCAGCUGCAGCUGUGGCGACAGUUCCCACGGCCGAGGAAAGCAAUGAGGCUGGGGCUGUGCUUGAGCAGCAAACCGAAAUGGUUCCCGCGCAGCUCCACGAGUCAAUGAUCGGUGGCUUUGCUUCGGAUAAUGCCACCGAAGCGGCGGCGGCAACGUUAGCCAUGAUGCAGGGCCAGGAGGGCGUGUACGAUCCGCAGCAAAUCGCACAAACCGCAGGAACCGACGCGUACCAGUAUGCGAAUCUCGAAAUGGGCGAAACGGUCACACCGCAAGACAUGGAUUUGGUCAGUGCGGAGGAGCAAAUGGGUGAGGCGGAGAUGGUGGUGGACCAGGGGGAGAGUAAUGCCGAAGACAGCUCGACGCUUGCCACCGACAGCGCCCUGCAGGAGGACCCGGAUGCGUACGUUUCGGCCGAUGGGCAAGUGCCGCUGCCGAAAGAUUUCCAAGAAGCGCUCGACAUCAUUUACGAUGGUGGCGACAAGCCGAAGCGUGCGGAUGUGAUUGCCAAGGAGGCAGCGGCGGCGGCAGCAGCUGCAGCAGCGGCAGCCAAGCCGCCAGAGAUGGUGCCGGACCCGCACGAGCAACCGGGUGCGAUGGUGCCGGGAAUGGUGAUGAUGAUGGACCACGAUCAGCCCCACAUGAUCGUGCCGGAAGCGAUCGACAUGUACAACCAGCAGUACGCACUACAGUAUGGUAUGCAUCCGGCCGAGUACAUGGCAGCGGCAGGGGCGGCAGCCGUUCAUGGCAUGAUGACAAUGGGGCACGGUGUCGUACCUUCCGAGAUGCAUUACGUGGAGGACGAGUCGCAGAACCAGCCGCUGGACAAUAUGAUGUACGGUGCAAUGCAUGCUGCCUCGAAUGCGGCCGCAAUGAUGCACCAUCAUCAGCAAAUGGUGGCCGCUGGUGCACUGGAUCCCAACGCGGCCGCUUACGCCAUGGCAAUGGCAGCCGGUGGUGGUUAUACGCCGGAGAUGAUGGCCAUGCAUCAUCAAGCAGCGGGUGGUGUUACGGAGGGUCAGCCAAUGAUGGAUCCGUCUGUGUCAGCAGCGUUGUAUGCUACUGAUGGUUCGGCGGCACAGGAAUCGGGCACCGUUGAAUCCACCACACAAGAAACUACUGGACAAGAACAACAGGAACAAAAAGAAGAAUAUGAACAGGGAGCGAUACAAGAACAAGAAAAGGAACAAGAACAGUCAUCUGAACAAGAAAAAGAACUUUCUCCAGAGCAUGAACAUGAGCAAGAAAGGGAAGACGUACAGGAAGAGAAAGCGGAACAGGAGUAUGAACAGGAGCAAGAUCGUCCUGUUGAAAAUUUCGAAUCAGAAUCGACACAACAAUUGGAGGACAGCGACACUCCACAGGACAACAUUGUUGAGGAAACGGAUAUGCCUAGCAGCGCCAAUGAAGAGUCAGUUGAGGCCGAACAGGUAGAGCAGGAACCAGUAGAAGAAGGCUAUGCUUACCUGGAGCAUGAGCAGCAAGAGGUAGAAGAAGGUUACUCCUAUCCCGAGCACGAACAGGAAGCAGUAGAAGAAGAGUACACGUACUCGGAACACGUGCAGCACGUGGUAGAGGAGGCCCCGGUUUCCGACAAUGAUGGCGAAGCAUGUGUAGUUAUGCCGGAAGGAGAAGAAGAAUACGUUGAAGAAUCGAUGCAAUCGAACGACAACUACGAGCAACCCGCUUCGGAGGAACCGUGUGAUGCAGAGGAGGAGGAGGAGGAGCAGGAGGUGGAGGAGGUGGUGUAUUCGAAUGAAAACUUCGAACAAAUGGGAUCCGACGAGAAUGGUGCAGCGCAGGAGCAACAGUACGAACAAGGUGGGCCGAUGCAGUCGACCCAAUCCUUGCUGGACAGUAUGAUGGCCGCUGCCAUGGGCGACUACAUAGAAGAGGAGGUGACCGAAGACCAGUCGCAAGAUUAGUAGUAGCGCAUGUUAUGAUAGCAUUCACACACACACAAUAGGAAAGCAAAUGUUGAACAGCAUCAACUUGAAUUGUUUAUACACCUUUUCAGUCAAUUUUAAACUUUGAUUUUGCACAUGCAGCUGCAUACGGUGUACAUGGGACAAAUGGUAAAUUUAAUAAAAAUACUGCUUACCUAAU